CGUUAUUUCACCGAGUUCCUUUAAGACUCAGGAGCGACGGGCGGACACGAUAAAAAUGCUGGCAUCCAGAGCUCUUAGCCUCGUCAGCAAACGUGCUAUUUCAACCUCUGUCUGUCUACGUGGGGGGCAUGGUGUUGCCAAGGUAGAGGACUAUGCACUCCCUGUCUACUUUGACAGGCGUGAGAAUCCUCUUCCAGAUAUCAACUAUGUGCAGACAUUAAGUCCUGAGCAGAUAUCUCUCAAAGAGAAGGAGAAGGGCUCCUGGAUAUCCCUGUCCAAUGAAGAGAAAAUUGCAUUGUACCGGAUCAGCUUCAAGCAGAGUUUUGCUGAGAUGAACCAAGGCUCAGCUGAAUGGAAGUCUGUGUUCGGAGGAGUGCUGUUUUUUAUCGGUUUCACUGGCCUGGUUGUCCUGUGGCAGAGAAAAUAUGUUUAUGGACCAGUCCCACCCACAUUUGAUGAUGAACAUAAAGCAAAAGAGUUGCAGCGGAUGUUGGAUAUGAGAAUCAACCCAGUGGAGGGCUUUUCAGCCAAGUGGGACUAUGAAAAUAAGCAGUGGAAAAAGUAAAUGACCAAGAGGACCAUUCUACCUACUUGAAUACCAUACAAGAUAGUCAGGAAUACUUUUACUUCUGUAUUUAUCAUUUGUUCAAAUUACCUCAGUUUUACAUUUUGGAAGACCUCUUCCUCUUAAGGUCACUGUAUAAUAUUGACAAAUAAAACAAAAGUUCAAA